UAAAGGUCUAGAUACCAGGCCACUGCAAAAAAAAUUGUCUACAUAUUAAGUUGAAUCUAUCAAUCAACAAAGUUGAAAUUAUAUUACUUAAUUAAUAUUUUGAUAAAUUGCAACUUUCGGUACUCUGUAUUGCAUAUACGAAUUAAUAAUUAACUCAACAAAUAACCUUACCGGAAUUGAACAUAAACAAACAUUUCCUACAAUGUCAAGUGCCAAAUCUGUGCGUUUAACCCGCGAAAUGAAAAGUUUUUGGAAUAAACCCCCAUGGGGAAUUACAUGUCGUCCAGAGAAAGAAGAUGUUCUCGAUGUCUUGAUGAUAAAUAUGUGUGGGCCUAGAGGCUCUCCUUAUGAAUCUGGACAGUUUAAAUUAGUGAUAAAUGUUCCAGACCGAUAUCCUUUUGAACCACCUCAAGUAAAGUUUGUGACACCAGUUUAUCAUCCAAAUAUUGAUGCAGUUGGAAGGAUAUGUAUGAACAUGCUAAAAAUGCCGCCUAAAGGAUCUUGGUUACCUACAAUUACCAUAGAAACACUAUUAAUAUCAAUCCAAACACUACUUGCUAACCCAAAUCCUGAUGACCCGCUGGUAACAGAAAUAGCUAUGGAGUAUAAAUAUAAUAUUGAUUUAUUUUAUGAAAAUGCUAAAAAACAUACUAAAGCAUAUGCUGUGUAAAUAUCUUUUGAUAUCAGGUUCAUAGUGUAACUUAUCUAGUUAAUUAAAGAUACAAUUAAAUAUGUAAUAAUUACUUUACAAUAUUAUCUUACUCAGUUCAUGUGGUUCACAGACAACAUAAGUGGACAGUACACUCGUUGAAAAACUAUUGUGAGCCUAAA